CGCUUUUACUGCAUUUCAGUUCGUAGUAUCGUUUGGGGCAAUGGGGUCUGCGAUUGAUGCGAAUGAACGCAAACCUAGGCAUGAACGACCUUACAAACAAGAACAAGAAUGGUUAGUGCUAGCGUAUGUAGCACUGUUGAUUCGCUCGUUUUGCGAAGUCGUAAUCGUCGGCCAGCUGGAUAGGCAUCCCAGGCAUCUCCAAGAUAUCCUUCGAGCAAGGAAUGUUACUUAUCAUCUCUUUAGUGUGUCCUUUGCGGCUACAAUACUAAAAGCUAUUCCAUGUGGGGAGGAUGUGGACCCGUUGGUUCAAGAAGAAACAGAGGCCAUUAAUUUUGUGAGAGACUUCGUUUUGAGAAGAAUCAAUGAGUUGACGGAUCAUGAAAAGAAAACCGCUCCUCAGAUCACAACAAUACUUGAUGAGGUAGAACAAGCGCAGCAAGGGUUUCAAGUCAAGAAUGAAGUGAAAAGGCUUCGGGCCAUCUAUAAAGGCUGGGAGCCAAUUUACAAGUGGAAUGGACCGGAUUCGUAAGCUGCCAACUCUUCAAUACCCCAUUCGUGGCCCAGGAUACCGCACGCGU